AUGCGCCACCGUGCCCGACCCAAUGACGAGGAGGCCGCCAAAUACACCCCGACGUCGCAUCCUCACAUUUUCAUCCCACUGCGUCCCCGAUUCGUGGUUCGCGACGUCGUCUUCAACGACGCCCAUAUGUGCGUCUCGCUGGAGAACAGCAACAUCGUGAGCGCGUUCCACUCGAAAACUGGAAAGCUCAUGACUAAUCUCCAGGGCCAUACCCAGCCUGUCACCUGCCUUGACCUGAUUGAAAAUGUGUGUGUAACGGGCUCCAAGGACACCAACAUCAACAUUUACUUUGCCGAAUGCGACCACAGCAACGUUGACCAGCUGGCCACCUCGCUGCCUGUCCCUUUGCCCGAUAUUAAACCCAAGGUGGUCAUAGGACACACUGGAGAAGUCACUUGUGUUAAGAUGAUUGACAACGGAAGCGUGGUCUCGGGAUCUACAGAUACCACUGUCAGACUAGGAAAGGAGAACAACAAGGGGCAAUUCAUCUCCACUCCACUGGAAAAUGGACACUCUGAGACAGUUACUGUACUGAGAGCAGACAACAAGUUUGUGGUAUCUGGAUCUUCAGAUAUGACUGUCAGAAUAUGGGAGACUCGCUCAGAGAAGCAGAAAUACGUACUCACAGGCCACAAAGCGGCCGUCAAAGACAUUGCUCUGGAUUCCAAAAACAUGAGACUCAUAACGGGUGAUCAAAACAACAUUGUCAAAAUCUGGGACCUGCGAGACGGGUCUCUUCAGCAUACUCUGACCGGCCAAAUGAGUUUCAAGCUCGACGAAAUGGGCAACGAACUCGCCUGUGUUGGAUCCAACGGUUGCUUGUUCAUUUGGGACUGUGGAUCUGCUGAGUUGCUAAAAAUUAUCUCUCACGAAGAGCUGCUUCAAACUGGAGGUCAGGUUCUGAGCACAUCCGACAAAACCACCAUCACCGCCUCCGACACGGGAAUCUGCAUCUGGUCGACCGAUACUGGAGAUCUACUGGGAAAGGUGGCUACUGGAGCAACUGAAAUGUGGGUUGGUAAGACGUUCGGUAAGACCAUAGUGUCUGCAUGCCAGUACGAAGAGUCUGCUGGAGUGGAGGCCCACUUCCUCGACCAAUAG